AGCCGGAACCGUUCUCAUACCCCAAACUCGUGCGAUCUCAUCAUCGUUGUGAUUCGACCCUUGAGAUUGGCUUUUGUGAACAUUUUUUCUGUCGAAAUAUCACUUUCUCGAAACCUCUGUAACCUUAUGUGAGCACCGAUUAAGCCUUCCGUAGUCUCACGAUGGCCCUGCGCCUGAUUAGGGCGUGAAAAUCAAUACGGCUACGGAACCGUAGUGUACCUCCCAUGAAUAACUUUAACCUAGCAUUUAAUAUCGCGUUUACUAGUAGUUACAUCCGUGUCGGGUCUAAAUUUUCUUAUGAACGAUUUUCAAGCACGACGAAGGCCGUUUACGCUGUUACCGAAAAUAAUUGCAGGCAACGUUAUUUAUAGCAUUUCGCGCGUCACCGAAUACAACGCGGUUUCGACUAAAAAAAAGACAGAGAAAACCAUGCCGUGCAACGACCACCGAAGAAUUAAAUAAAAACCCAGUAGAAGGGUUUUCAGCAGGCCUCAUAGACGACAAUGACAUAUAUCAGUGGGAAGUACUCAUUAUUGGACCUCCAGACACAUUAUAUGAAGGUGGGUUUUUCAAAGCACACUUACAGUUUCCAAAAGAAUAUCCACUUAGGCCACCGAGAAUGAAGUUCAUAACAGAAAUAUGGCAUCCAAACAUCGAAAAGAACGGUAAUGUAUGCAUAUCGAUUUUACAUGAACCUGGAGAUGAUAAGUGGGGCUAUGAAAAAGCAUCAGAACGGUGGUUACCAGUUCACACAGUUGAGACUAUUCUCAUAAGUGUUAUUAGUAUGCUUGCAGAUCCUAAUGAUGAAAGUCCUGCUAAUGUGGAUGCUGCCAAAGAGUGGAGGGAAAGCUAUGCAGAAUUCAAGAGAAAGGUGGCGAGGUGUGUCAGAAAGAGCCAAGAGGAGUGUUUGUAGGAGAUGAACAAUUAUUCAAAUGGAAAGACUUAUUUAAUUCUGGGAAGCCGUAAGCACUGUAAGAAAGAAACCGACGCUCAGCAUUAAGCUAAUGGACAACAGUGCCACUAAAAACGGAUAUAGCCUGACCCAUUCUUAAGCAGAAAAAGGGAGGCAGAGUAUGUGUGACAAUAAAAGAUAAAAUCACACAUCUCUAUGAAGUUUAUACCACCGCCACUGACGUACCAUCCAUUGAUACGAAGAACAUAAAGGAAAUACACGCAGCUCACCUUUUACAUAAUAAACAACUAAAAAACUAAUUUACACAUAUACAUAAUGCAAAAAAAUUAUCUGUACGAUUAUUACCUUAAUAUUGAUAGUUAUAAACUUAACUUCCCUGUUCCUCCUGCUCAAGAGUUAGCCCUACCCUUUAUACCUAAAAGCCUGUAAUUUAAAAUGUUUACGUUUAUCAUUGAAUAAUAAUUCCUUAGUGGCGUUUCGUAUUUUCUUACUUUCGUAAAUAUACAUAAAUAAAUUUUUGUAAAGUCAAAUACAUGAUAUAUUUAUAUAUAUAUGUAUGUAUGUAUGUAUGUAUGUAUGUAUGUAUGUAUGUAUGUAUAUAUAUAUAUAUAUAUAUGCUACAAUCGUUAAACGUAAUGCCAGUAAAAAAUGAAAACGAAAUAUAUGUGAAUCAAUUGUGACAUCGUGGUAAACCUAUGUCGAUUAAGCUGUACAAUCACGGCUAUGUAAAGAAAUGUAAAAUUUCCGUUGAACCGUAAGUUGCCAAAAUAACGAAUUCUAAUUAAAGUGAUAAUAAUGCUAAUCACAAUAUUAUUAUUAGAAAUAUAUCAUUAAUUACAACUAGUAAAUUUACCAUAAAAUUUCGUACAUGCUUACAAAAACUAUACAUAUUUCAACCAGUGCCAGUUUGUGAAGUUAUUGUUAAGAUUUACCUUUUUAUUAUAUCUAAACUUGCGGUUCGAAGUCAUAAAAACAUUCAAAUUUUUUAUCCGACUAUAUAUAAUUUCAUACUGUCAAUUAAAUUCUACAAUAUGAAAAAUGUUUAUUAUAUUCCUAGAACCUGCAUUCUACUUAUGACAUCUAGUACGAAAAGAUAUUUUUAUUAUUUACCACUGAAGCAAAUUGCUUUUUUCUAUACUGUGAUUAAUUGUUUGCUUAUGUGUAAUAAAUAAUAAUACCUUAUUUUUAA